AUGGGCCGGUGGCGGGGCCGUGCGCGGGGCGUCGCGGUGGCGGUGGCACACGGGCUGUGCUCGGGCUCCCUGAACAUCCUGCUCAAGUUCCUGCUGGCCCGCUACCACUUCGCCUUCCUGACGCUGCUGCAGUGCCUCAGCAGCGCGGCGGCGGCGCUGGGGCUGGAAGCCCUGCGGCGGCGGGGGCUGGCGGCGCUGCCACCCUUCGGGCCCCGCCUGGCGCGCCCCUUCGCCGCCGUGGCCGCCCUGGCCACGCUGCAGUCCACUCUCACCCUCUGGUCGCUGCGCGGCCUCAGCCUCCCCAUGUACGUCGUCUUCAAGCGCUGCCUGCCCCUCGUCACCCUUCUCACCGGUGCCCUGGUGCUCCGCGACGGCAUGCCCUCGCCCGGCGUCCUGGUCGCUGUCCUCAUCACCACCUGCGGCGCAGCGCUAGCCGGAGCUGGUGACCUGACCGGGGAUGCUAUGGGCUAUGUGACAGGCGUGCUGGCCGUACUUAUACACGCUGCCUACCUGGUGCUCAUUCAGAAGACCAGUAUAGACAGUGAAUAUGGACCCCUCACAGCUCAGUAUGCCAUCGCUGUUUCGGCCACCCCUUUUCUCAUCAUUUGCUCCUUUGCCAGCAUGGAUUCCAUCAAUGUCUGGUCCUUCCCAGGGUGGAAGGACCCUGCCAUGGUAUGCAUCUUUAUUGCUUGUGUCCUGAUUAGCUGUGCCAUGAACUUUACCACCCUUCAUUGCACUUACAUUAACUCAGCUGUGACCACCAGCUUUGUAGGGGUGGUGAAGAGCAUAGCGACCAUCACAGUGGGCAUGGUGGCAUUCAAUGAUGUGGAGCCCACUAAGUUAUUUAUAGCUGGUGUUGUGGUCAACACUUUGGGGUCUGUCAUUUACUGCGUGGCCAAGUACAUUGAGACCAGACGGCAGAGCAACUAUGAGGACCUGGAGAAAGAAACUAGAGAAGAGGAGGAUAAAAGCCAAGCGGGGGACCAAGCACUGUUUGCAAUGGAGGCAAUUUCCCAUGAGAAUGGGGCUGAAGAAGCAGCAGUGGAAGGAUCAGCCACAGGGAGCAGCCAGAGUGGGGAGGAAGAGGACAGCACUGAGAAACCUGCCAAGGGACAAGCGAUUGAGGAAAACGCCACUGAAACACAAGAAGUGAACAGGAGCUCACUGAAGGAUGCCUAUCUUGGAGUAUGGAGGUUGGUAAGAGGUGCUAACUAUAUAAAGAAGGAUUAUUUGAUAGAAAAUGAAGAGCUACCAAACCCUUAAAAAGUGGGUUUGAGGACAGACGUGGUUCUCUGUACAGGGGGAAAAGCAGAGCAUACAUUUCCACAUCAAUGCUGACAAAUCCAAAUCAUGCAGGAUGACUUUACCUCAUUGUCAAAAAGCAAAAGGUCAGAAUUUGCUCAUGCUUUGUCUUGCUUUCAACUGCUUUCAGUACAUCAAUUUAGACCCACCACAGCUAAAGGUGCCAAGUCCUCUACUGCGGACACAGAGAGAGUUGGGUAAUGGGAAGUCACAGGGUGCUUGCCCAGCAGCCUGGGCUGUGAGGGACAUCAGUACCAUGGAGUUCGUUGGCAGUGUCAGUGACACAGCGGUGCCUUGUAGCUUAGCUUGUGUCUGGAGCCUCAUGAUUUUAACACCAUUUGGAGGCUCUGUCAAUGUGCUUCCCUAUCUGUAUCUGUCCAAUUAUAGGUACUCUACAUAAACAUAUUCUUACAAUAUAUAAGCUUCUAGUAACUGUACCUUUAUGUGCUCCUCUGUGUCCAUACAAUUGCAACAGAGCUAGAGGUUGCGUAAUUUCAAUUAGAUUGGUGUAAAAUCACCCUCUUGACUGAAGAAUUGAAACUCCCUGAUUCCAUGGCCAGGCUGGGCCUUGGACCUGGUUUGCAUUGGGUGGUUUGUGUCUUCAGUAAAAAUACUUUUGUUUUGCGGUGGUGUACAUGAAAGCAGAACCAGAUGUGAACUUUUAACAAGCUUUGGUUAGCAAAAGAAGGAUGGUUUUCUAUGAGCUUUAACUACAUGUAGCAUUGGGAAUAUUAGCUUGACCCAAAUAAAGGAGUUUGGAAAUGCUGGUAUAUAUUGAUUUGGGAGGGCUGUUAAAAAUUAGUGAGGAAGUGUGUGCCUUCUGCUAUCCCCUCCUCGUACCCUAAAGCCGGUUGAAUCAGAGCCUGGACUGGAACCUGACUGUCCUCUCCCUCUCUCAGAAGUACAGGCUGAAAGCAGAGCUAUGGAUGCUGUCUGGGAACCUUUUGCAGGGCAAGUUUGCUAUACCCUGGCCACAUACUGGGACAUAACUUUGCGUGUAUGAGCCCUCACUGCCCUGCACUGUGCUGUCCAGAAGAAAGCACAGGCAGGAGCUUCAGCGUGCUCCAGCAAGAUCCCUCAGACAAGUGCUUUUGGGCUAGGAUGCUUGGUGUGCUUGGCACUGAGAUAUCCAUGGCUUUGGUGGGAGCUGCUCCUCAGACUGCCCCUUUGGGCUGCAAAGAGCAGAGCUGCCUCUGCACCAUGGGCACUCAGGUACUACUGAGGGAAGUGGGAAGCAGGAAACAGGUGUUCCAGCGAGGCCUCGACUGGAUAUGCUAAUAUUUUGUACCACAUACAGUUACCAGGAAAGACUGGGGAAAUGGAUGUUUGAGUAUUUCUUAGCAUGGGGAUAUCCUUUUGGUAUGUGGGGAUUCUUCGGUCAAACCUUUGCUCAGAACUAGGCAGAGAAGAGAUUUGACUGAGUCUUCCUCAUCUCAAAAGAGUGCCCUAGCCAUUGGGCCAUCUUGACCAGAGGCUGGAAUAAGUUGUUACCAUCUCCUGAAAAAAUUAGCCAAGUUUGGCUUUAUUGUUAUUUAUUGUUAUACAUUAUUUAUUUUUAUUAUUAUUUAUUAAGCCACUGAACUGAAAAUCAAUUAUCCCCACAGCCCUAAUUAAUCAGUGCCUAGCCCAAUGCUCUCUCAAGCCAAGCAGGCAGCAUGAACCUCACAGCGUGUUCAGCACAGAAAUCCAAAAUAAGUUAUUUACCCAGCAGGGGAUAUUUGCAAAACUGAUCUCUUGGGGAGCUUUAGGUUCUUGACAAUAAGCGUGCAGGCAGAAACACUGGUGUGACAGUAUGCUUUUUGAGCAAGGACAGAAAUUGGGUGAUCUGGCAUCACCCAUGAAUUUUGGAAGAGAGGGCUAUGGAGACAUUCAGGCUAAAAAGCUGAGCUGGAGGACAGGGCAUGGAGGUCUGUACAUCACGCGUUAUGUAUACCUUAUGUUUAAGAGUUAAGAGAUAUUGGCUGUAUGCCAAAGUACGUUUACUUUCUGUUCAAGCUCCAUAUGGCAUCUUUUUCAAUAAAAGCACUAUUUAUUGUUCAUAGGCUAAUAUAAUAGGGGUUUUGUUAGCUUUUCAGGUGCAUCCUAGACUACAGAAGUUUGUGCCUAUGACUUAUAGUUGAUGUAUCACUGAACUCAUUAUGAUAUUGAACUCCUUUGUAAUCAUACAGACGGCUGAAGAGAAGCCCAUACUUCUGAUCUGUCCCCACUGUGCUCAGUGUCCUCUCUCCACAGGAAAUGUGGAUCUUUUCACCAUCUGGAUGCCAGUCUUAGAUCCCGUAGUGUACACUCCGUGUUUGUCACGUGCUGUAGAAAGCUCUCCCUGGAUUCUUAUUGCAGGACCUUUUCCUGGGGGAGUUCAGUGUUUUUUCACUUACUGUUGUUGAAGUAGUAGUAGAAAUUUGUGGAAAUUCAAACAUUUUUGACUGUUAAAAAAGCUGCUGUUACGAUGUACAUUUGCAUGUAUGGUUGAAAUGUGGUUAUAUUGUAUUCUGUUUAUACCUGUAAAUUCCCUAAAUUAAAACAGGGAUUUGGCAAAUGCAAUCCACUUUUUCAGUAAUAGAGACUGUUGCACAAUAAAAUAAAAACAGUGCCUCCUGCUGAGGUAUUUUAAUAGCAUCAGUGGAAGACUGCAGAAUGAAAUGUGGGAAUAAAAUGCACUGCUUUCCAAAA